AUGGAAUUUAUUUCAUUUACAGAAUUUACCGUAGCACCUCACAGUGUAAAAGAUGAAGCGGAAGAUUCUGGUAGAUCUCAUCACCACCACAGCGCGAGUAAAUCAGAGCAUAGGCGUUUCUCAAGACAACUCUAUCCAUCAGAUGACGUGUGCAAUCGAGGUGAUCUGAGGAAAGUCAUCGAUGAGAAUAUUGUGGAAGGCAACGCCGGAGUGUCCAGAAGUAAAAUCUAUAAGGCAUUCUUUGAGACGGGUGCGGCUCGAGAUCAGAUCAAUCUGAUAUGCUCUACGUCACCACUCAGCUACAAUGUUGUAUCGUCAACAUACUGUGAAUCAACCUUCAAAGGUGUCACAUGCCUUAUAUUCCACUCCUAA